AUGAGUUCGCCGGAAAGUUGUAGCAGCAACGACUACUUGACUAUCGACUUUAGUGGAGACGACAAGGCCAAGGUUUGCCAGGUCUGUGGAGCGACUCCGGCUGGAAAUCAUUUCGAUGUGGUGUCUUGUCGACCCUGUAAGUCUUGUUUUCAACCACUUUUAGGGCGCUUUUGGGAAUAGGAAUGAUCGUUUGUCGCGUGGCUAAAAGGUUAAAAAGAGUUGGUGCUUUAAAAAAGAGAGGUUUAAAGGAAACAUGAAAAAGAAAUUUUUGAAUAAAAUGGAAAUCAUGUGAUCCGCGAAGCACUAGAAUUAAUAAUUUAAAUAAACCAAGAAUUAUUUUUUGGUCCAUGAAAACAUAUUCAAGUAAUGUAAAAAUCUUUCUUCAUGAUCCCUUAUCUUUGCCCUGAAAGGCUACAAUCUGUUGAGUUAACGUAGGUGUGCCCCUCAGAAACUGAUUUUUCAAGCUGCUUACUCAACAAAAAAAGUCCAAAAGCAACGGUUAUCUAUUAGGGCUUAUAACACGCUGUUCAAUUCCCAGCACAAAUCAGAAAUUCAGAAAGCUCUUUGCUGCAAUUGACGUCAUAUGUAAACAGAUUUCUUUUCGAAAAAUAUUGUUUCCGGCUCUUUAUGUAUUGUGUGUCACAUGCUGAUAUGUCAUCGAUUUUAAUUGCUCAUUUCUCCGUUCAAAUUUCUUUUUGUGAAAGGUCAUUAUAAAGAUAAUAAUAUUACUGUUUUCUAGGCAGCGCUUUCUUCCGUCGGACCGUGGUGCUGAAGAGGAAUUUUACCUGCAAAUUGAAAGGAAAUUGCCCAAUAAAUAAAAGUAAGUUGACCUUGGUUAGAAUGUUGCUUCGGUCAAUGUGUCAGGGGAGCGAGUUGCGACGUGUAAUUGUAUAAAUAUUUUCGGUUAUAUUAGGAAAAAACGUACUCUUGAUUGAAUUGCUUUUACUUUUGUAAUUUCUGUAACUUUGUAAAUUAUGUUCUGAAGAACAAAUUUCACUACCUUUUUCUCGUAGUAUACGACGUGGGGCCCAUUUUUAACUUACAAUUUUCAGAUAUUCGCUCAAUAUGCUCGCAUUGCCGUUUCAAAAAAUGCGUCAGUCUUGGGAUGAGCAAACACAGUAAGUAAUCAUCACAGCUGCUGUUAUACGUGUUUAGAUAUCAAUGCAAACUACGACAAGGCGACUCCAAAGGAAUCCUCACGCAACUCAACGAUUUCCCUAAAGAUCUCAGCCACCCCACUGAUCGAUCAGAUGCUGGAAGGCUACAAGAAGUUCGACGACGACAGCAAAAAAUUAUUUUUUGUUUGUAAUCCAGAAGAACUGUUCUCGGGCGACAAGGUCUUCAAGCCAGGGACAGUAUUCGAAUACAUGGUAUUUAAUCGCUCUCAGAAUGUCUACAUCUGGGAAAUGGCUACGAAUCACUAUCCGCCUUUCAAGGAUAUUGUUGACAAAGACAGGGUCAGUUAAAAUUUUCUUUAAUUAAAAUUGCCUUGCAAAUUAAUGGAUGAUUUUUUUACUUUUAGACGACAAUAUUCCAAAGUUUUGGGUUUCGUUUUACAAAGCUGAGAACGUUUGCGCUGAACACGCAAUAUUUCCCUGAUAACCAUGACAGACUGGUCACUCAUUAUGGGAGAUAUGUGGACAAACAUAAUCAGGAGGAGUUCUUUCGGACAGAAAUUGACCCGAAGCAAAGCAUGAGGUAAGUGCGACAGGCGGUUAGUUGCGUGCCAUGUCUACUGUAUUAUGAACGGACGUUACAAAAGAAAAACGCAUCUUGCAUACUCUAAGUUUAAAAUCAGGUGAAGUAAGCAUUUAUAUUAUAUUUUCAGAAUCCUCAUGCCAAUCCAGAUCCACAUGUUCCAGUUGGCUUCAAAAUUCAGGACACUAAAAGUUGAUGAGUUCGAGGUUGUCGCUUUAUCCGGUCUGCUCUUAUGGAAGGAAGGUAAUUCUUUCAAAUUACAAGACCUUGCUCAACCAUCACUUUUUCAGCCAAUUGGUACUACCAGGACUCGCGAUACAGUUUCCUAAUUGACCAACUCCUUUCCGAGCUUACAUACCAUGCAAAAAAGAACCAUGGAGAGACGAAAGGCCAAGUUCGAGUCGGCCAGUUAUGUUGUAUUUUACGGGACAUUGAAGAACUGGCGUUAACAAUGCUCGAAGCGAGGUUCCUUGGGAUGUUCUUGAGUAAUUAUGGAGUGCCACGAUUGGGGGCACUGGAGAAGUACAAAAAGGAGGUCACAUAA